GAAUCUAACCGCGGUCUUGCGCUCGAUGGGAUGCCAUGAAAGUUGAAAGAAAGCGUGCACAAGUAGAACAUGCUGUCCAUAGCGAGGCUGUCAGUAAGCAGAGAAACUGUCUUUGUCCAACGACCGGUUCAAGCGCCAAUAUCACUUGUACUUCUCAACAAACUCACUUCAACUGUCCCCCCAAACCCACCUCCCAAGCUCAUAGGCCCAACCAACCAAAUCAUCCAAUUCGCUCCUACGCACCACCAAGACACCAUGCCAUCUUCACAACUCUUCAAUCAUCGAAACCUCUUCUCUCAACUCAAAUCACCACCCCAUCUUUUUGAAGCCAGAAGAUUGCAUGCUCUUCUCGUUGUUAAUGGUUUCUUCCACCCCGCUAGUACUGAUAGAGUGUUCGGUUCACAGCUUGUCAACAUCUAUGUCAACUUUGGCUGCUUCCAGGGAGCACUUCUUGUCUUUGACAAACUACCCCAGAAGAGUAAUAUUGCUUGGAAUGCAAUACUUAGAGGUUUGGUCGAUAGGGGUCAGUUUUCUGAUGCAAUUCAGUUCUAUCACUUGAUGCUUAGUCAAGGCAUAGCCCCUGAUAAUUUUACGUACCCACUUGUUCUUAAGGCUUGUUCUGGUUUAUCUGCACUUGAAGAAGGAAGGAGGGUCCUAGAGUAUAUCCAAUUCAAUGAGACCCGCCAUAAUAUACAGCGGAAUAUUUAUGUUGACUGUGCUUUGAUUGACAUGUUUGCCAAGUGCGGCAGCUUAAACGAGGCACGGUGGUUGUUUGAAGAAAUGCCCAGAAAGGAUUUAGCUUCUUGGAGUGCAAUAACAUGUGGGAGUGUGCAUAAUGGGGAGUGGCUUGAGGCCUUGCGUCUGUUCAAAAGAAUGAGAUUAGUAGGGAUAUGGCCUGAUUCAGUGAUUGUGGCAGCUGUUCUUCCAGCAUGUGGCAGACUGGAAACUAGGCAUACGGGGAUGGCUAUGCAUGGAUGUGCUAUAAGGAGCGGUUUUGAGAGUGAUUUGUUUGUUUCAAAUGCUUUGGUAGAUAUGUACUGUAAAUGUGGAGACACCCAUGAUGCCAACUGUAUAUUCUGCAAAAUGGAGUACCGGGAUGCUGUCUCUUGGGGUACCUUGAUCGCUGGUUAUGCACAGAAUUGCCUGUACCGUGAGAGUUUCGAACUUUAUCUUGAGAUGAAGAGUGCGGGCUUAAGAGCAAAUGCAAUAACUGCAGCAAGUACUCUUCCUGGAUUGGCCAACCUCAAAUUGUUAAAACAGGGAAAGGAGAUGCACGGUUAUAUCCUAAAACAAGGGUUUGAAUCUGAUGCUGUUGUGGGGAGUUCAUUAAUUGACAUGUACACUAAAUGUGGGUCAAUGAGAGAAGCAAAGCACAUUUUUCAGAUGAUGUCCGAGAGGGACAUCUCAAUAUGGAACUCAUUGAUUGUAGGCUAUGUUUCACAUGGUGAUACUGAUUCAGCACUAAGGAUAUUUCGACAAAUCUGGAAAACCAGACAGCUGAGACCAAAUUCUAUUACCCUAGUUAGCAUUCUUCCUUUAUGCACCAAAAUGGGCACUUUUACGCAGGGAAAAGAAAUUCAUGGCUAUGCAACAAAAAGCAGUCUCGUUGCAGUAGUUUCUGUUGGAAAUUCUCUGAUUGAUGUGUACUGCAAAUGUGGGUACCUAGAACUCGGAAUAAAGGUCUUUAAUCAGAUGAUGGUAAAGAAUAUUGUGACUUAUAACACAGUAAUAUCUGCUCAUGGAAUUCAUGGACUUGGAGAAGAGGCUUUUUCAUUUUUUGAGCAAAUGAAGGAGGAAAGAAUUAGGCCCAACAAAGUCUCUUUUAUAGCACUCUUGUCAGCUUGUAGUCAUGCAGGUCUAAUUGACAAGGGUUGGUUAUUAUAUAAUUCUAUUAUGGCUGAUUACCGUAUCCAGCCAGAAAUGGAACAUUAUUGUUGCAUGGUUGACCUUCUUGGUAGAGCAGGAAACCUUGAUGAUGCCUUGAAUUUUAUCAAAAGAAUGCCUGUGGAACCGGACAUAAAUGUUUUGGGAAGCUUACUCGGUGCUUGCAGAGUUCAUAACAAGUUGGAGCUCGCUGAGCUUCUUGGGAAGCACAUUCUCCAGAAAAAUCUGAAAGAUUCAGGCUACUAUGUUCUUUUAGCCAAUAUAUAUGCCUCCACUAAGAGAUGGAAGGAUGUGUCAGAGGUCAGAAGAGUAAUAAAAGAGAAGGGCUUGAUGAAGAAACCUGGAAGUAGCUGGAUACAGUUAGGUAGUUGUAUUCACGUUUUUCAUUCUAGAGGCAUAAUGCAUCCACAGCUAAAUAAGAUCCAAGAGAUUCUGAAGAGAUUAUUGUUUGAGAUGAAGGUUGAAGGGUAUAUGCCGGACCAAAGUUUCUUUUCCCUUGAUCUUGCAAUAGAUGCUGAUGAGUGACAAUAAUCAAUAUUGCAAUUGGCAUUAGUGAAAAACGGGUUUCUGGCUGAACAAGGUACAUUUGAGAAUGAGGCUGUGGUGGAGCAUGAAUUAUUGGACCACCCUAUUUCAAGUAUAUUAGAUGGAAUCAACUUUUGGGUAGGUGGACCAUGCACUGGGAUGCGUGAUUUUUCUUUUUCCAUCAACAUUGAUGAGGUGCAGAUAGAAAUAUGUCUUUUUCAGCACAAUUCAUUAUUGGACCACCCUAGUAUUAGUCUAUUAGAGGAGUUAUAAACCUAGCUUGCAAAACCCUAAACCCUUUUACACCAACUGCAAGUUCUCCUCGUGGGUACGUCAAUGCCCCCAUCUGUUUGAGUGUUUCAUUCCAAAAUUCUCUCAUGUUGGCAAGAACCAAGAACCCUGCAGAUAUUUUCUUCACUGCAGUGAAGGGAAGCAAUCGUCUCUGUUAGAAACAAGUGCCAGAUCCAAGUUUUGAAAAUAGUUCGUACCAUUCAACCAUGAAUGCUUCAACUGAUAAGAACCUGCGUUGUCGAAGUGACUUUUAGGUCUUUGGGAACAUCUGAUGAAAUUGAAUAUAGCUGGACGACCAUGCUGUUUGAGAGAAUAAUCACCAUCAAGGAAUCCCCUCCUCCUCAACUAAUAAGACAAUGGACUGUUAUUUAGGACCUAGCUAGCAUGUUUUAAUCAUUUCUUUGCACCAAUUUUAUUUUCUUUCUAGACACAAGGAGUAAUGUUAAGUAUCACACUACUAUGUCACUACUAUUUCGUUA